CAACACUGUCAUAACAGAGAUUGGGCAUAAAGUCAUGUUUUUGCGUCGCGAAUCUCCCAGUUUAAUAAUAAUAUGAGCCACGAGUGGUCGGAGUUUCCAAGCAUUUCACAUUUAUCCACUGGAACUCGUCGUCAAAAUCAGGGGGCUGCAUUGUACAGGGUAUGCCCAGAUCCGGUUUGGAGCUACCCAACGUCGACCACAACACCAACACUCACCCUAAACCAAGCUUCAUCGCGAGCUGCGUCUCUUCUGACGGUCCCGUUCUCCGAAAGCAGCAACCAUUUCGGCAUCAAAAGUAAAAUCGGCCGCCGCGGCCUCGACUCCAUCAAAGCUGCUGAGGAUGCUGUCAAAGGACAAGGACGCCACCGCGCCCAUUUGUCUGGGCGAAGAGGUGGUCGAGCUCAUCGUCGACCCCAUUACCAUCCAGGUAUUCAACUAUGAAAAAGUGGUCAAGGAGCAACUCGUGGACGACCCUGGCGACACCAACGGCGGACGCUUGCCAGACGUGGUGGCGGAGACAACAAUGUUAGCGGACCCUGCGGAGGUGGUUCAGAGGAAGGAUGAGAGCUACAGGGCUAUGGCCAUUCAAGUUUUUAUUCCGUUCUUGGUAGCUGGACUUGGAAUGGUUGGAGCCGGACUUGUUCUAGACGUCGUUCAGCAUUGGUCAGUGUUUAUGGAGGUAAAGGAGUUGAUGAUUUUGGUGCCUGCCCUGCUGGGGUUGAAGGGAAAUCUGGAAAUGACACUCGCGUCCAGACUCAGCACUCAGGCCAACUUGGGACACAUGGACACUCCAAAAGAGCAGUGGAGCAUGAUUGCAGCAAAUUUAACACUCAUUCAGUGCCAAGCUAUUGUGGUCGGCUUUCUCGGCUCGGUGGCCGCGUUGAUCAUGGAGGCCAGCAAGACCCAGACCUUCAACUUGGACCACGCUUUUCUUCUGAUCGCCAGCAGCCUCGUGACGGCAUCAAUCGCCAGUUUCGUCCUAGGUCUCAUCACGGCGGCCGUCAUCGUCUUCUCCAGGCACUGCAACAUCAACCCCGACAACGUGGCCACGCCCAUCGCGGCCAGUCUCGGCGACAUCAUCUCCCUCGCCCUCCUCUCAUGGACGUCGACCCAUCUGUACCACGCUGUGGGAAAACAAGACUGGCUCGCACCUCUCAUCAUCUCAGGGUUCGUCCUAGUCACGCCGUUGUGGGUUUGGAUCGCCAAAAAAAAUAAGUACACCCACGAAGUCCUCUACACUGGCUGGACCCCAGUGGUGAUCGCCAUGAUGAUCAGCAGCUCUGGAGGUUUCAUCCUCGAGGGGAUGGUGGCGCGAUUCGAGGGCUUCGCCGUUUUCCAACCGGUCAUCAACGGCGUCGGCGGCAACCUGGUGGCGGUGCACGCGAGCAGAAUCUCAACCUCCCUGCACAGGGACUUCCAGCCUGGAAUGCUGGACGAGGAGGAGGGCGGCCAGAGCAGGGUCUGCAUCACGCCUGGCCAGUCCUUCUUCGGCAAGAGUCUGCACGCGCGCACCUCAAGGGUCCUGAUGGCCAUGGUGGUGCCAGGCCACCUCAUCUUCAUCUACACCAUCAACUACAUCAAAGUGGGCAACGGCAACAUGUCACCGCUCUUCGUCGCCGGAUACUUGGUCGCCGCUCAACUUCAGGUCGGUCUCCUUUUGUACAUCGCCUUCAUCAUGAUUCACUGGAUGUGGAAGAGGCGAAUUGAUCCCGACAACUCGGCCAUUCCAUAUUUGACAGCUCUCGGCGACCUCUUGGGAAUCAGCCUCCUCGCCAUGGCCUUCGGCGUCCUUUACGCUCUCGGCGACGACGACAUUUACAUCACCGAAUAAUUUUUAAAACUUUGCCCAACCAUACCAAAGACUGCUACGAUUGGCUUGUAAAAUUUUGAUAUAUUCGAAGAAGAAAACGGAAAUCUCGAUUCGGACUUAUUUUUUUGAGCAAAACUGAAAAUUGGCUGGACCAAUAGAUCGAAAUUCGGAAAUGAGAGCAGUUAGCAAAAAAAGAGAAGCACAAGCUGUGAAAAAAUCCUCUCUUUGGGAAAAGAAAAGUACGUGUGCUGACUUAAGUAAUUAUUGUAACACUAAUCUUUGUCUGCUGUGCUGUUUAUUUCACACAGUUCCAUCGUCUUUAGGGAGAAAAUUAUUAUACACACGUGUUUCGGAGCCUUUCUGUUUAAAAACGCGGUAUAAAAUAAUGGAGUUAAUAAUUCACGUGCAAUUGACAAGGGUCUUAUACUGCAUAGGUAGCUACACCGAGUAGAACAGUUGAAAUUUUACUGUGAUAGAGUUGACGAAACACCCAAACGAAAACGACCUCAGAUAAACAACUGUCGAAACUAUAACUUCCGAAAAAGAAAGAAAUUUAUUCCAAAAAGCUACGAACAAACUUUGUCACAAGAAGUCUUGCUUGGAAUAUCAUCCAGUCUGAUCAUGUAAUCCUCGUUUUGAUAAAUUUUAAUCAAGAAAAGCACGUUCCAAUUUUGAUGAGAAUGAUUUAUAAAUUGUAUAAAACUUCUUACCCUUUAUUUACGCAAAAAAGAGACCAGUGGAUUGUAAUUUUUCGAAUCUUAGCCCAAAAGAGCUCUCAUGCCCCCUCUCUAGUCUUGAAAAAUGGUGAUUAUACUCGCUAUACUUCCAAAAACAAAAUCCAAAGUUCAGGUCGAGAAGUGUAUGGGGGCUUUCUAUGGCAAUUUAUCAUUGAUUUUCCUUUAAUUUUAGUGACCAAUUCCAAAGGUUUUGAAAUCGAAACGUAAUGUUUUGAUAUAGUUCCUUCUCGACGCAAUACAUAGCAAUGUGUGUAAACUCGACAGGCCUGAACAUCAUUCCGAGAGUUCCAUCUCAGGCCCAGCGCGAGAGUAGAAAUAUCUGCAUCGAUUGCAUUUAUAUCGAAACGAAUCUUCAGAAUUAACUAUUUAUUUCAAAAUUUCAGUACUCUUUUCGGUCAGAAAACGUACGAAUAUCUUUGUAGUUUUAAGUUAUUUUUAAAAUUCACACUGUCAAAAAAACAAACAAAUUUCGUCGCACUUUUAGUACUUAAGUAAAAAAUUUGUCUCAAAAUUUUGCGGAAAUUUCCAAUGUAUUAUUUUCUUACAGGCCAAUUUUAAGAGAGAGUGUGUGCAAUUUUUUUCAAACCCUGUUUUAAUUAUUAUAAACAUUACGAAAAUUGUUAAAAAUAAAUACGAUUAUUUUUGAAAACACUUGAUUUGCUAGUUUCUUAGUUGAGAUUGCUGUUGCUAUAUCUACUUGAUGACUUGUUGUGUUCCACGUCGAGUAUAACAAUAAUUAGACUUUGAUGCCGGUUUGUAACAAGAAGUGUUUGUGCCAAACAUCCUGUACAUGUGAAAUAACGAGAGAUCAAUAAAGAAGGAAGUGUUGAUUUGAA